AUCAUUUAUUGUUUGAAAUUACAAACCAUUGGAAAUGACACAAAUAUACAAUAAGUGAGUUAAAUAAAUUAGGGUACAUUUGUACAGUUGAUGCAGGAUUUUUCUUGGCCACUUUGACAGCCAGAGACCUCCGGCUGGCAACACCCCAUCUACUCGGCCCACCAGGACAUGUCUGGCUUGUGCUCAGGCACGAAUCCUGCAGCCACCAUGGCCUGAGCCCCUGGCAGGAGGGGGUGUGUGAGUGAACAAGUGCAGGGCAGGAGUGGGCUCUGUGCGGGGCUUGUGGCUGGACCAGGUGUGUCACAUUGAGGGAAAUGUGGUGGCACCCAAACAGGGGUGCUCAUGACCCUGAAGUCCCAGAGGGGGUGUUACAGUAUGCUAAGAGCUCUUUUAGUUCUGCCGUCUGCAGCCCAGUGGACAGUAGCUUGUUAACAGCUCUAUCAGUCCCACUGCCCCACUCGGGCCCGUAGCUUCAGGACUGGCUCUGCCCCACUGCUGCUUCCCAUCGCAUUGGGUGGGGCGGUUGCCCUCCACCAGCAGAGGGCGAAGGGCCACAGUGUUUACAGCCUUCUUUGUAUCUGCGUUUGGUGGGUCCCAAGUUUUUGUUCUGCAUCCAAGAAUGAGGUUACGCUGACAAAGGGUGAGGAGGGUGGAGAAGAGUUUUAUUUGAACUAUGAAACAGCUCUCAGGAGAGAGAGGAUGCAAGGGUGGUCCCUCACUCAAAGUCAGGUGGUCUCUAUCUCAGUGUGGCUGAGUCCACAGCUUUUAUGGGCUCAGAAUGAAGGCGUGCAUGCUCAUUGGUUUGUGAGUAUGCAAAAAAGGCCAAAACAACAGCACCACUCAAAGGUAGGCACGACAGUGUAAAAAAACAAUUAGGAAAGGAUAUGUGUAAAAUAGGUGAAGGGUGGGGAUCAAUCAGAAGAAAGCAUGCCAAAUGGGAAGAGAGGUUCUCAACCUGGUCUGUGGAUUUACCCUGGUCUUGUGGCUAGCCUUUAAACUGUCCUCAGCUUGAAGGGUUUCACCAGGGACCUGCCCCUGUCUGCCUAGGAUUUGUCUGUCUUUUGCGGCUAUCACAGUGGGAUACUAUGUAGCCAUUAAGUAGAAUGAGUUAGCACUGACCCAAAAAAGGCUGUCCUGGGCACGGUGGCUCAUGCCUGUAAUCCCAGCAUUUUGGGAGGCUGAGGCAGGUGGAUCACCUGAGGUCAGGAGUUUGAGACCAGCCUGACCAACAUGGUGAAACCCCAUCUCUACUAAAAAUACAAAAAUUAGCCAAGCGUGGUGGUGGACACCUAAUCCUAGCUACUCAGGUGGAUGAGGCAGGAGAAUCAUUAGAAUCCGGGAGGCGGAGGUUGCAGUGAGCCGAGAUGGCACCUCUGCACUCCAGCCUGGACUGUGUAUGAAAAAAAAAAAGUGGAGGGCAGGGAGUCAGAUAUGGUGGCUCACACUUGUAAUCUCAGCACUUUGAGAGGUCAAGGCAGGCAGAUCCCUUAAGCUCAGGAGUUUGAGACCAGCCUGGGCACCAACAUGUAGAGACCCUGUCUCUACAAAAAAUAAAAAGGAAGGAAAAGAAUAGUAUUCCAUUACAGUCAUGUAUCCCUUAACAAUGGGGAUAGUUUCUGAAAAAUGGAUCAUCAGGUGAUUUUUUGUUGUGUGAACAUCUUAGAGUGUACCUAAACAAACCUAGAUGGUGUAGCCUACUACAGAGGUCCCCAACCUUUUUGACACCAGGGACUGGUUUUGUGGAAGACAAUUUUUCCAUGGAAAGGGGGAGUUGGAUUCUCAUAAGGAGUGCACAGAAUAGAUCCCUUGCAUGUGCAGUUUACAACAGGGUUCUCGCUCCUACGAGAAUGUAAUGCCCCUGCUCAUCUGACAGGGGGCAGAGCUCAGGCCGAAAUGCUGGCUCCCCUGCCACUCACCUUCUGCUGUGCCGCCCAGUUCCUAACAGGCCCUGGACCACUACAUACAUAUUUAUAUAUAGUUACCUGUAUAUGCAUAGAAUAUCUCUGGAAUAGGACUAGAUACAUACUUUCUGGGCCCAGUGCAAAAUAAAACCGCAGGGCCCUUGUUCAGAAACUUUUCUGAAUUUCAAGUUAGUGAUAGCAAAACAUUAAACCAAGUGCCUAUCUGUACAGGUCACCACCAUGAAGCCAGUCCUCCUCUGGCAACAUACGCAGGAAAAUGGAAUAGAGGUGAUUCCAAGAGGAAAAUUCCAUGAGUGGCAGGAGACAAAGACUAAAAGAAGACUUAGUUUUCACUAUGUAUCUUUCCCUUUUUUUUUUUUUUUUUGAGACAGUCUGUCACUCUGUCCUCCAGGCUAGAGUGCAGUGGCGCAAUCUUGGCUCACUGCAACCUCUGCCUCCCGGGUUCAAGCGAUUCUCCUACCUCAGCGUCCCAAGUAGCUCGGAUUACAGGCCCCUGCCACCACGCCCGGCUGAUUUUUGUAUUUUUAGUAGAGACAGGGUUUCACCACGUUGGCCAGGCUGGUCUUGAUCUCCUGACCUCAGGCAAUCUGCCCGCCUCGCCCUCCCAAAGUGCUGGGAUUACAGGCGUGAGCCACCAUGCUCAGCCUCUCUGUCUUUAAUUUCAUAUGUGUAAAGGCAUUACUUAUUCAAAACAACAAAAAAGGAAGAUUGUGGGCUUAUUUGGUUAGCAGCUCUUUGAAGUGGAACUUUGAUGACUGCCUGAAGCAAAGAACAUCUGCUGGGGAAAAUGUGGUUAUGGGGGGCCCUCAGACUUGGACAAGCACUGGGCCCCGUGCUUUGGAGGGGUCUGAAAUCCAUGGAAUCAUGGGACUGUAGCCACCUGCAGCCCACUCUCCCCUUUUCAGACCAUGCUGUGGGUACUCUAGAAUUCCCUACCCCAAAAGCCAAGCCUGACUCCAGGGUCUGCACAAUCCUCUUCCCAAGUUCAGUCUUCCUGAAGAGUAACCAAAGGGUGAGGCCCGGACAGAAGGCUGGAUAGUGUCUAACAUCAGGCUCAAAAAUUGUGUGAAGCAUUCUCUGACUCUUCCAAGGCAGAAAUGUUAUUUUCUCUGAGGUCAAAAUACAUUUUGUCCACAUUCAUCACAUCAAUUAAGUGGCUCUAUUGUUAUGUACUAUAUUAUGAUGAUUUAGUUCAAGUACAUUUUCUGAGGUCUCCUGUAGAUUUUAAAAAAACAACUAUGAAUCCAGAUUUUGAAAUUAUUUCUAUCAGCAUGUGUUGUGUACACUGACCCAUGUCGUAGUGUACUGCUGAAGGUUGUCCACACUUAAGCGACCUGGUCAAAACAUAAGCACGCUUUAACAAGACCAUUGAUUAGUUAUGACUACAACUCCCAAGAUGCACUGCAGGGUCAGUCAGUGUGCGCGUCUCGCCUGGUUUUCACCGAUCAGGCUAACGAGCUGCAAAGAAGUGGCAGCUGAACGAGCUGAGAGGCUGUAUUAAAGAACGAAUAUAGCGGGGAUGGGGAGAGGGCGUCUAUGGUCCCAGCUACUCGGGAGGCUGAGGUGAGAGGAUCGCUUGAGCCCUCAAGGCGGAGGCUGCAGUGAGUCGAGAUAGCGCCACUGCACUCCAGCCUGGGCAGCAGAGAGACCAUCAAAAACAAUAACAAAACGAAUAAAGGGAUUCUACCAAGAGCGAGCUGGUACUGAAAUAAACGACACGCUACUACAACAAGCGCGGGACUAUAUCCAGCGCACAAUGUGCGAUAACAGCCUCAAUGCAGAGAGAAUCCCUCCUUUCCUUAUUCAGUGCAGGAGACCCCUAUAGAGAACGCAGGAAACGCCCGCGAGAAACUCAGAAGUAUCAAAACAAUCACAGAUGUUAGGAAAGUAGCUCCCCGCCACUUCCCUAAACUUAUUUGCGGAUUUACUUUCCAAGGUUACAAACACAAGAAGAGCACUGUAUUUUCACGAAGCGGAAAAUGUGCUUUACAUUGCCAGCAAAGAGCCUUAACGGUGAAGCCCUCUGCGAGAAACAGGAAAUCGUCAACACACUUUCGAAUUGCCUGGAGAGUUGUGUCCACAGACAAUUCCUGGUUAGAUGCUUAACUGUAACAGACUCCAUAACGGGGUUUAGCGGGCUUCCAUUCGGCUGAAAGGGCUCCACGUUCUUUCCUUUUCACAGAAAGGUUUAAACUUAUUUUUCCUCCUCAGGCGGACGGAGAGAGCUUCCUUCCGUCAAGGUAUGAGAACACUUUUCCUUCCUUUCUAUCCGGUUCAAGGCUACGUACUUCCCCAGUUUGCUUUGCUUUGCUUUUUCCUCAGAGCUGAGUUCCUCGGAACGUCACAUACUGGUGCCAGCCAACAACCUGACGAAGCGCAGAACCGGAGUCGCCUUCCCCCUAGCGGCCUCUCGCGGCGCAGGCGGGGACGGGAAGAUCGCGAGAACCUCCCGCCCAAUUGCGACCCCGCGCCAGGAGGCGGGGCCGAAAGAGGAGGAAGUCUCGCUGAGGUACUCCCGCCCCAGUCCAGUACCCCUCCCCGCGAGAGCGCCGAGCAUGCCGGCCUGGGAAGCGCGUGCAGAAGCGGAGGUGCGGUUCAUGGGACUUGUCGGCCGCCGUAGCCCCUGCUAGGACAGCCCGUGCGAGCCUGCUGGAGGAGGAAGAGAAAGGCAGAGAGAGUCGGGUUACAAGAUGGCGGAUCUGUAGUAGUUACUGCGGCGGCGGCGGCGGCGGCUGCGGUGGGAGAGCGAGCGAGCCCUGGGGGGCAAAGGGACGGGAGAGUGGGUGUAUGCGGGGGUGAAGUGAGAGGUAACGGGGCCUCCGGGCGGAGAGGUCUCACUGGCUCUUGUCACCCCUUCUCGCGGCUGAACCUUUGGAGCCAUGGUGAAUUCGGGCCUCUCCGGAGACGCCGCCGCCGCCACCGCCACAGCCACUACUGCCUCUACCGUCUCCCAAGAGUGAGGGGCGCGGACUAGGUGAGCGAGGAGGCGGCGGCUGGAGCGGUGGAGACAGCAGCCACCAUGUCGGAUACGCGGCGGCGGGUGAAGGUCUAUACCCUGAACGAAGACCGGCAAUGGGACGACCGAGGCACCGGGCACGUCUCCUCCACUUAUGUGGAGGAGCUCAAGGGGAUGUCGCUGCUGGUUCGGGCAGAGUCCGACGGAUCACUGCUCUUGGAAUCAAAGAUAAAUCCAAAUACUGCAUAUCAGAAACAACAGGAUACAUUAAUUGUUUGGUCAGAAGCAGAGAACUAUGAUUUGGCUCUGAGUUUUCAGGAGAAAGCUGGCUGUGAUGAGAUCUGGGAAAAGAUUUGUCAGGUUCAAGGUAAAGACCCAUCAGUGGAAGUCACACAGGACCUCAUUGAUGAAUCUGAAGAAGAACGAUUUGAAGAAAUGCCUGAAACUAGUCAUCUGAUUGACCUGCCCACGUGUGAACUCAAUAAACUUGAAGAGAUUGCUGACUUAGUUACCUCAGUGCUUUCCUCACCUAUCCGUAGGGAGAAGCUGGCUCUCGCCUUGGAAAAUGAAGGCUAUAUUAAAAAACUAUUGCAGCUGUUCCAAGCUUGCGAGAACCUAGAAAACACUGAAGGCUUACACCAUUUGUAUGAAAUUAUUAGAGGAAUCUUAUUCCUAAAUAAGGCAACUCUUUUUGAGGUAAUGUUUUCUGAUGAGUGUAUCAUGGAUGUCGUAGGAUGCCUUGAAUAUGACCCUGCUUUGGCUCAGCCAAAAAGACAUAGAGAAUUCUUGACCAAAACUGCAAAGUUCAAGGAAGUUAUACCAAUAACAGACUCUGAACUAAGGCAAAAAAUACAUCAGACUUACAGGGUACAGUACAUUCAGGACAUCAUUUUGCCCACACCAUCUGUUUUUGAAGAGAAUUUUCUUUCUACUCUUACGUCUUUUAUUUUCUUCAACAAAGUUGAGAUAGUCAGCAUGUUGCAGGAAGAUGAGAAGUUUUUGUCUGAAGUUUUUGCACAAUUAACAGAUGAGGCUACAGAUGAUGAUAAACGGCGUGAAUUGGUUAAUUUUUUCAAGGAAUUUUGUGCAUUUUCUCAGACAUUACAACCUCAAAACAGGGAUGCAUUUUUCAAAACAUUGGCAAAAUUGGGAAUUCUUCCUGCUCUUGAAAUUGUAAUGGGCAUGGAUGAUUUGCAAGUCAGAUCAGCUGCUACAGAUAUAUUUUCUUAUCUAGUAGAAUUUAGUCCAUCUAUGGUCCGAGAGUUUGUAAUGCAAGAAGCUCAGCAGAGUGAUGACGAUAUUCUUCUUAUUAAUGUCGUAAUUGAACAAAUGAUCUGUGAUACUGAUCCUGAGCUAGGAGGCGCUGUUCAGUUAAUGGGACUUCUUCGUACUCUAAUUGAUCCGGAGAACAUGCUGGCUACAACUAAUAAAACUGAAAAAAGUGAAUUUCUAAAUUUUUUCUACAACCAUUGUAUGCAUGUUCUCACAGCACCACUUUUGACCAAUACUUCAGAAGACAAAUGUGAAAAGGAUUUUUUUUUAAAACAUUACAGAUAUAGUUGGAGUUUCAUAUGUACCCCUUCACAUUCCCAUUCCUAUUCUACCCCCUCUUCCUCCAUCUCUCAAGAUGAUAUAGUUGGAUCAAACAAAAACAACACAAUUUGUCCCGAUAAUUAUCAAACAGCACAGCUACUUGCCUUAAUUUUAGAGUUACUCACAUUUUGUGUGGAACAUCACACAUAUCACAUAAAAAACUAUAUUAUGAACAAGGACUUGCUAAGAAGAGUCUUGGUCUUGAUGAAUUCAAAGCACACUUUUCUGGCCUUGUGUGCCCUUCGCUUUAUGAGGCGGAUAAUUGGACUUAAAGAUGAAUUUUAUAAUCGUUACAUCACCAAGGGAAAUCUUUUUGAGCCGGUUAUAAAUGCACUUCUGGAUAAUGGAACUCGGUACAAUCUGUUGAAUUCAGCUGUUAUUGAGUUGUUUGAAUUUAUAAGAGUGGAAGAUAUCAAGUCUCUUACUGCCCAUAUAGUUGAAAACUUUUAUAAAGCACUUGAAUCGAUUGAAUAUGUUCAGACAUUCAAAGGAUUGAAGACUAAAUAUGAGCAAGAAAAAGACAGACAAAAUCAGAAACUGAACAGUAACAGAUUUCGCAGAGAUGCAAAAGCCUUGGAAGAGGAUGAAGAAAUGUGGUUUAAUGAAGAUGAAGAAGAGGAAGGAAAAGCAGUUGUGGCACCGUUGGAAAAAUCUAAGCCAGAAGAUGAUUUUCCAGAUAAUUAUGAGAAGUUUAUGGAGACUAAAAAAGCAAAAGAAAGUGAAGACAAGGAAAACCUUCCCAAAAGGACAUCUCCUGGUGGCUUCAAAUUUACUUUCUCCCACUCUGCCAGUGCUGCUAAUGGAACAAACAGUAAAUCUGUAGUGGCCCAGACACCACCAGCAACUUCUAAUGGAUCCUCUUCCAAAACCACAAACUUGCCUACGUCAGUAACAGCCACCAAGGGUCUCACUGUGUCAUCCAGGCUGGAGUGGAGUGCUGUGAUCAUAGCUCACUGCAGCCGUGACCUCCAGGGCUCUGGUGAUCCUACCAACUCAGCCUCCCAGUCAUUCAGUCAACAUAUAUUCAGUGCCUAUACUGUGCCAGCCACUGGGUAAGAACAGUAAACAUGUCUCUAUCCUUAAGGAGCUUGGAACUACAGUUUCUCACCUACAUCUCAACAAGUACCACGCUUCUGCUGUUUGUAUAGUACUAUAGCUACAAAAAGGUAAAAUCCUUGUCUAAAGAUUAGAACUACACUAUAAUACAAGAUUGCCACAUAAUCCAAAUAAACAGUAUACUAAUCCCUUACUACAAUGUAAUUGGUUUCCAAACUUUUGCUUGCGUGUAAAAAGUCACUCUAUAUUUUCAGAACAAUUAAUGUAAAACUAUAAUUUUUUGUAUUGCAAGAGUGCAGGCCAAUAAUGUCAAUAAUUUUGGCUUAUAAUUAUGUAUUGAAGAUAACUAUAAGCCUGCCAGUGCAUCAUGAAAAUAUAAACAUUUCUAAAGCAAGCAGAACUUGGAAGCACAUAUAAACAUGAGCACUAAAUACUUUCCAGCCAUUUGGUGACUGUGCCAACCAAGAGAGAGGGUUAACAUUCUAAUUGCUCCUCUGAGCCAUUUUUUAUUAUAAGGUGAUUGUUUUUAAAAAGAUAAAACAUUUUCAGUUUAAAUACAUGGGCUAUGAAAGAAAGCACACUGAGACAAGCAAAGACAUUAAAAUGACGCUAAGAUCUAAAAGCAUGAUGGGAAAACAUGGCACACAUGUCUCUAGAUGAUUAAAAUUUUUGCCACACCUGGUUGAUCCUGCCAGUUAAAAAAAAAAAUACCUUGCCAGCAUACAUACUAAAACAGAAAACAGAAUUUUGUCUCUGCAAGAAACUUGACAACAGACCACUCCUCUAGCAGUGGCCAGACUGACUACAGUGCCAGAGAGGUUGAAGGAAGAAAAGCUCUCCAGACCCUUGGACAAUAAGGGAAAUCUCCAUGGAAGAGAUAAGCUGGAACCAGCACUCCAGACCAACCUAGACAGGGAGCUACAUAACUAACAGAAAUAAAGAUAGAGGUAAAACACCGCUGUUGUUACUGAGAGUGACGUUAGCAGAGGUAGGCUUAGCCCUCAGUGGACUCACAGAACUGGAGAAGGGACAGUUCAAAUAAUUCCUGAGGAGGGGGAAACCCAUACAUAUAAGCAUUUAUAUUCCAUUCAUGAUCUUUCUCUGGACAGUUCUCACCUUGGGUUUGUUAAUUAUGAACAUACGUAUAUUCUCAGGCCUAGAAAGGAAAGUACUUGAAGCCAAAUACUUAGCCUCUCUAAUUUCUAGGAAGGGAAGAUCAGAAAGCCAGAAAACCUAAAGAAAGAUCAUCUCAUCUCUGGCAACUGCAUCAAUCUGAGAAAAGAUACUAUCCAUUGCUAGCAGGAAUGAGGGAAAGACAGGCAAAAGGACAAAACAGGAGCUCAAACAACUUCAUGAUUCUUCCAAACUCAGGUCUUCAUACUGGGCUUCUAUCACUUUGUAUGAAGUGAUUCUCUGAAAUAUCAGAUAUGUGCAUUUGAAAAAAAUAAUUUUAAAAAUUGAAAUCAUUACUUUUGAAGUUAUCUACCAUUUGUGCUGUGCCAUUAAUGUGUACAACUGAAUUAUAUGUGGUUUGAGAUCAAGUUUUCUAUAGCUUCACUUAGAUAAAGCAGACAAAGCAAAUUUAUUCAAUUUAUGUUAGACACAAGAUUUAAAUAGUAUAUGUACUUAGGUGUAUAUAAAACAAAGUUAAUUUGGGUCAGCAAACUAGAGCACAGACAAACCUAAAGCAGGAGCUUUCAUAUAUAUCAUUAAAAUGAGGCUAUUUCUACUUACAAUCUGUAGCAUAUAUAUAAAAAAGAAAUGGUUUGACUUGGUACAAAGAAAGAAGCAAGGUAACUUCACAAAUCUGCUUCUGGUUCAGUAUACUCCUGUUGUUUUGUCAAAUAAGAAUCUAACUCCUUAAAAUUAAUGGGUGCUCUCAGUAAACUAGGAAUAGAGAGGAACUUCCUCAACUUCAUAAAGAGUAUCUACAAAAAACUCUAAAACUUAACACAAUACUUAAUGGUGAGAAAUUAGAAGGUUUCUCACUAAGAUCAGAAACAAGGCAGGCCGGGUGCAGUGGCUCAUGCCUGUAAUCCCAGCACUUUGGGAGGCCAAGGCGGGCGGAUCAUGAGGUCAGGAGAUCGAGACCAUCCUGGCUAACACAGUGAAACCCCGUCUCUACUAAAAAUACAAAAAAUUAGCUGGACGUGGUGGUGGGCGCCUGUAGUCCCAGCUACUCAGGAGGCUGAGGUAGGAGAAUGGCGUGAACCCGGGAGGCGGAGCUUGCAGUGAGCCAAGAUCGCACCACUGCACUCCAGCCUAGGUGACAGAGCGAGACUC